UAAUUUGUAUUUCCCUGAUGACUAAUGAUGCUGAGCAUUUUUUUCAAGUUUUUAUUGGCCUUUCAUAUAUCUUUUGUGAAGUGUGUUCAAAACUGUCUCCUAUUCUUAAUUAGGUUGUCUCAUAAUUUUUGAGUUGGAGUUCUUUACAUUAUCUGGAUACCAGUCUUCUGUCAGAACCAUUUUUUUAAAUAUAUAUUCCCACUGUGCUCAAGCCACAAGGUUCUUUGCUCUUUCUUAAAUAGGCUAAGGCCAUAUGUGUCUCAGCCUUUGAACACCCUUUGUUGCCUGGAAUGCUGCUCUUCAAAUACACACAGAACUUGCUUCCAGACCUUCUCCAGUCACUGUUCAAAUGGCCCUUUUUGGUGAGAUCUUUCUUAACCAUCCUAUUUAAAAUAGUAAUACCCACGGCCUGACAUUACCCCACUUCCUCUGGUUUUUUUCUCCAUAGCACAUAUCCACCCUAUUUGUUAUUUACCUGUCUUUCUGUUUAAAGAAAAGUAUUGACCAACAUGAGCCCCAAGCAUAAAAAACAUGGAAAAUAAUUCUCUACAGCCUGUUCAGCGGAUUACCUCCUCUUUUGGAGGCUGAUACACGUAAGGAUGACAAGUCAAAUUUGUGAGCCUGCUGGAUGAAGAGGUUGAUUCCAUUAACGUACUGUCACCUCUCUCUGAAGUACCUCAGGUAGGUCGCCGACUGCUUUCUGCUCCAGGAGAUCCUUCCCCAGUGACCGUACCCAGAACAAGUAGCAAACUGAAUCCCGCCUGCCUCGAAAAAGAACUGUUGAAUCUCGAGCAGCGGAGACGUACGUAGAGCUCAUUGGAGCCAAUACUUUUCCUUGCACGGAAAGAAACUGAGACGUCUUGUCCAAGGCCAAGGUGCUUAAGGACCGGGCUGAGACCCACACCCAUCCCUCAGCUUCCGGCCCCGCCGGAAGAGUCUCGCCUCCUCCCUCGCCGGAAGUGGCGGACUGAGACCCGGCUCUCCUUCGCGUCCGCUGAUGCGAUUCAAGCCGAGGAAGAAGGGUGUGCCGGAAGGGCGGAGAAGGGGCGCAGCUGAGGGCGAUCUUCCGGAAGUUCAGGGCUUUGUUUCCGUGCGGAAGAUCUUACGAGACGAACAGGGACGGGACGAAUCCUGCUUAUCGAUGAAAUGCAGUUAACACAUCACCUGGACCUGUUUCCCGAAUACAGGGUGACCCUUCUGUUAUUUAAAGAUGUAAAAAAUGCUGGAGACUUGAGAAAAAAGGCCAUGGAAGGUGCCAUUGAUGGCUCAUUAAUAAAUCCUACAGUGAUUGUCGAUCCAUUUCAGAUACUUGUGGCAGCAAACAAAGCAGUUCACCUCUACAAACUGGGAAAAAUGAAGACAAGAACUCUAUCUACUGAAAUUAUUUUCAAUCUUUCCCCAAAUAACAAUAUUUCAGAGGCCUUGAAAAAAUUUGGUAUCUCGGCAAAUGACACUUCAGUUCUGAUUGCUUAUAUUGAAGAGGGAGAAAAACAAAUAAAUCAAGAAUACUUAAUAUCUCAAGUAGAAGGUCAUCAAGUUUCUCUUGAAAAUCUCCCUGAAAUAACAAAUAUUAUGGAAGUCAAAAAGAUAUAUAAACUAUCUUCACAAGAAGAAAGUAUUGGGACAUUAUUGGAUGGUAUCAUUUGUAGAAUGUCAACAAAAGAUGUUUAGUGAAAUGACAGAAAUAUUAAAAAUGUUCAGCAAUUAUAAAAAA